UUCCAUGAUCAUUUUGGCGGCAUCGGCAUUCUCCAUUCUCGGCAAGCAAAGCAAGUAGCAAUAGGCGACUUUUUAAACAAGCAUCGGCCAAAAUUUUGUGGAUAUUAAUAAUUUGUUGAAGAAAUGCCUUGGGUUGUUUUGAGAUUUCCAGAAAGUGAAACAAUUGAGGCAGUACCAGCUAAGUGGUAUGACAAAGCAAACAAACUUUGUAAAUUUCCUCCCGUGGACGAUCAUACUGAGAAGGAGUUAUCCAACUUUAUUAUUGAAGAAUAUGACCCCUUAGAGGAAUGGCCAAUACAUGAGGCAGUGUUAGAAAGCCAGACAGAAUUUGUACUGUUUAACAAAGCUCACAUUAGAGCUAGUAAAGCGUGCAAUAGCCAGAAUUACAAAUCAGAUAAAGAAACUGUGUUACCACAAAAGAGACCUCCUAAACCAAGGAAAAUAGCGAGCAGUAGUAGUGAGCAGGACUCAGAUGGGUCAGAUCUGGUUUUUGAACAUUCAUUUCCUAGUAAGUUGUAAAAUUAAAAAGGUGUUAUUAUAAAUUUUAAUUUUG